UGACAGCUAUUAUCUAUGUGACAGGUGUAACUCUACUAGUGUUAAAUACAGUAAAAGAUCGAAAAUAUAUUUUUUUUUCGACUGCGGGUUUUCAGUUUUGUUUUAUGUUAAUUAAUGUGCACUGUUUAUGUUAAUAAAUUGAAUAACCAUAUUUAAUAAUAGUUAUAAUGAAUUGUGCAUAAAAAUAUUAGAUUGCAAAAAGCAAAUAAGAAGAAAACUAAUGGUUAUGGCUGGAUUUACUGAAAGUGCGUUCGUUAAAAAAUUGUUAGAUCUAAAUAACUCAUCCCAAAGUAUUCAAACAUUAUCACUGUGGCUCAUUCAUCAUAGGAAACAUCACGAACCUGUAGUUAAAAUAUGGUUAAGAGAAUUACUAAAAACUAAAGAAACGAAAAAAUUAACGUUCAUGUAUCUUGCAAAUGAUGUUAUUCAAAACAGUAGGAAAAAGGGCCCAGAAUAUGGAAAAGAAUUUGCUAAUGUGUUAACAAAAGCUUUUGAUCAUUUAGUAGAAAUUGGUUGUGAUGAGAAAACUAGAAAUAGUUUACGUAGGUUAUUGACUAUAUGGGGUGAGAGAGGAAUAUAUGAUGAAAAUCAAAUUGCAGAAUUUGGAAAAUCAUUGGUUUUAUUAGAAGAAGAGCCCCCUAGCAAAAAACAUAAAGUGCAUCCUCCAGAGAAAAAAGAAAAGAAAUCAAAAAAUCAUUCUAGUGAUGAAAGGGAGAGGAAAAAAUCAGAAAAUGAGGUCAUAAUAGAGGUGGAUGGUAUUACUGAGACACAUGUUCAUUUAAGUCCUAGGACUCCAGCCAAUGAUCCUCCUGAACCUGAAGAAUUAAUUCGUGUGAUGCAAGACUUAGAAAGCAAUACUGCUUCAGCAGAUGAAGUUGUCCGACAACAAAUUGCACAGUUACCUAGAGAAGUUUCUGAAGUAUCUUUAGUUAGUAAUAUUCAAGACCGAACAACCGCAGAAAACCUUAGUAAGCAAGUAAAUGACGCCGUUACAUUACUCAACGAUUACAAUAACAGAUUAGGAAACGAAGUUGAACUUAGAAAGAAAAUAACAAAUAUGUUACGAGACUUCUUAAUUGCUCAAAAAGAGUUGCUGGCACAAGCGGAGCAGGGGCUAGAG